AACCUAAUAGAUCCCUCCGCCGACGGUUUCGCGCCGCGACAAAUAGUCCAAACGAGUUUCCACCGCCCACCUGGCCGGAGCGUUCCCCCGACCGCGGCGUGUGCUCUGUAAGGACGGAGGGGGUUCGGGACUGUUCGGAAGGACGGCGAGGGUGUCGGUGCUGUGCGCGGAUUAGUAGGCAGCUCGGUGGCGGAGGGAUCUGUUGAGGAAGCUCGCUGUGUGCGAGGGAAGGUUGUGGCGCCAGAAUUUGGAAGUGUUGGCGGUAAGAAGCUGUGUGAGGAGGAGGCCGCCGCCAUGGUGCAACUACGGAGCUCGACCGGGGCCAGGAGUACGCCAUACAAAGAGGACGACGACUCGCUGCUCGACUCCAGCUCCGAAUUCGUGAGUCUGAACCGCCGGGGAACCCGGAGAUCCGAACCGACCGGGGGAGAGGAGGGGCGCCGGACCAAGGGGUCAUUUGCCAAUACAUCUGAUGAUGGGAAACAUGCCCUGCGGUCAUUAAGGAAUCGAAACCCUGAAAAUGGACAUAACUAUUCAGAUUCCAGCUUAGACAAGACUAAUGAAACCGAGAACAUGAACGGCACAGAGGAGAAAAGGUUUUCCAGGAGGCUGGCGAGGUUAUCACCAGAUAAGACUGUAAAUGACGAUUCCAAUGAAGAGGGGAUAGAGUCUAGUGAAAAGAAAUCAAUGAAGAGGACGAGAGACGGCGCAGAAAAGGUUGACGCCCACAAGGAAGAUAGCCUUGUGGAAGAUGGCCUCGUGGAAGUUCGCCGGAGCGGCAGGAUUCGGAGGAGUCGCUACAGCACCACAAAUCAGUCUGUGCUGUUUGACAAGUUAAUCACAAACACCGCUGAAGCAGUUCUGCAGAAAAUGGAUCACAUGAAGAAGAUGCGACGACGGCGUAUGCGAGAGCUUGAACAUUUGGGGGUCUUCAAUGACACAGAAGAGGAAAAUGUUGAUAUGUAUUCUCGUGUGAAGAGAAAACGUUGCAAUUCCCAGCUUGAUGAGGAAACCACGGACAACCAAGAGGAAAGUGGGGAUUCCUCUGAGGAGGCUGAUGAAGACCAUGAAGAUGAUGAUGAGGAGGAGGAAGAAGAGGAAGACGAUGAGGAGGAGGAGGAUGGAGAGGAAUUUAACCAAAAACGUUACGAGCUGAGACAGCGAAAAGCUGCUGUUCCCUACCAAGUUCCUCUACAAGAGCCCAGACACCAUAAGAAAACUGAUAUGUUUUACGCAAGUCCAUCGUCUCCUGUCAGGCAGCGUCGCUACCGGUUUGGUUCUGCCGGACCUAGAAGUCCAUAUUGCAAGAGGCGUCUUGGAAGGAGAAGACAUGCAGUGCAUAGCAAUGACUCCACAUCCUCCUCUUCUUCAGAUGAUGAGGAACAUUUUGAGAGGCGCUUGGUUCGAAGCCGUAACAAGGCUAUUUCCAGGUGUCUUCCAAUGAACCUGCAGAGAGAGGAUUUAAAGGGACUUCACAAAGAUCGCAUGAAAAUUGGUGCUAGUCUAGCAGAUGUUGACCCAAUGCAGAUUGACAGCUCUGUACGGUUUAGUAGUGUUGGCGGUCUCUCUAAACACAUAUCUUCAUUAAAGGAGAUGGUGGUUUUCCCAUUACUUUAUCCAGAAGUUUUUGAAAAGUUUAAGAUUCAGCCUCCAAGGGGUUGUCUGUUUUAUGGGCCACCUGGUACUGGAAAAACAUUGGUUGCAAGGGCCCUGGCUAAUGAGUGCAGUAUCGGUGACAAAAGAGUGUCUUUCUUCAUGAGGAAAGGAGCUGACUGCUUAAGCAAAUGGGUUGGAGAAUCGGAACGUCAGCUGCGACUGCUGUUUGACCAGGCUUAUCAGAUGCGUCCAUCAAUUAUAUUUUUUGAUGAGAUUGAUGGCUUGGCACCAGUCCGAUCAAGCAGACAAGAUCAAAUUCAUAGUUCCAUUGUUUCCACAUUGCUGGCUCUUAUGGAUGGUUUGGACAGUCGGGGAGAGAUUGUUGUAAUUGGAGCCACCAACAGACUUGACUCCAUUGAUCCUGCUUUGAGGCGGCCAGGGCGUUUUGACCGGGAGUUCCUCUUCAACUUGCCUGACAGAGAUGCACGUAUGGAAAUUCUGAAAAUUCACACAAAAGAAUGGAAUCCACAUCCAUCAGAAAGGUUUUUGCAGGAACUGGCGGAAAAAUGUGUUGGAUAUUGUGGGGCUGACGUAAAGUCUCUGUGCGCCGAAGCUGCUUUGUGCGCUUUACGCAAGCGUUACCCUCAGAUUUACACAACAACCGAGAAGCUGCAGCUUGAUGUGUCCUCUAUUAAAAUGACUGCUAGAGACUUCAUGUUUGCCAUGCAAAAAAUUGUGCCUGCGUCACAGAGAGCUGUUGUCUCCCCUGGACAGGCCCUUUCCUGCAUUAUCCAGCCUCUGCUUCAGAACACCCUGUGCAAUAUCUUGGAAGCAUUGAAGAAAGUUUUCCCACAUAUGGAAGAAGGAAUUAAACAUAAAAAGCCUGCACUUGGCAUUGAUUUGUUGGAUGACGAUCUGAUUUAUAGCGACGAUGAAGGUCCCUCUGUGUUUGAAAAUGGAAUAAUCAAUAGAUUACCAAAUGGCAAAACGAAAGAAAAUCUACCGUUUAUUCACCUCAAUGUGAAUGCCUAUCACCAGCCCACUUCGUACAGACCUAGGUUUCUGAUCUGUGGGAAGCCAGGCCUGGGUCAGGGGACGCACUUGGCUCCAGCACUUAUACACACUCUGGAAAAGUUCACCGUCUACACGUUGGAUUUGGCUGUGCUUUUCGGGGUUAGUGUAACUACUCCAGAAGAAACUUGUGCACAGCUCUUUCGUGAAGCAAGACGGACUGUUCCCAGCAUUAUGUAUAUUCCACACAUUCAUCUAUGGUGGGAGACUGUUGGCGUUACCUUGAAAGCAACAUUUCUCACACUAAUCAGAAGUAUACCAUCGUUUUCUCCAAUCCUCCUAUUGGCAACAAGUGACGUGGAAUAUAGUAAUCUGGAUUCAGAGUUAAAAGAUCUGUUUCUGGAUGAUUAUGAGGAGGUCUUCAAUGUUAAGUUACCAAGCAAGGAAGACAGGAAAGCUUUCUUUCAGGAUCUUAUUUUGAACCAAGCUGCUAAGCCACCAACCUCCAAAAGGAAGGCAGUUCUCCAAGCUCUUGAGGUGCUGCCAGUGGCUCCACCACCAGAGCCCCGCCCACUUACUACCGAGGAGCUAAAAAGAUUGGAAGCACAGGAGGAAGACACGCUCCGUGAACUGAGGGUCUUUUUGAGGGAUGUUACCCACCGAAUCGAUAUUGAUAAACGAUUCAGGGCUUUUACCAAGCCAGUGGACCUUGAGGAGGUUCCAGAUUAUGUCACAGUGAUUGCCCAGCCUAUGGACCUCUCAACUGUUAUAAGCAAAAUUGAUCUGCACAAAUAUCACACUGUGAACGAAUACCUGAAGGACAUUGAUCUUAUCUGCAGUAAUGCACUGGAGUACAAUCCAGACAAGGACCCAGGAGAUCGGAUGAUCCGCCACAGGGCAUGUGCUAUGAAGGACACGGCGUAUGCAAUGAUUAAACAAGAGCUGGAUGAAGAAUUUGAAAAGCUUUGCGAAGAAAUCCAGGAAUCUCGCAGAAAAAGAGGUUUCGCCACUGCAAAAUAUGCACCUUCUUAUUACCAUGUGCCUCCUAAGAACAUGAAUGCACCAGAUGGGAGGAAAGCAGACACAGAGCGUGAAAAAUUAAAUGCAACGCCAUCUGCACCUCCUGUCGCUGCCAGUACACCCAGUGCAAGCAGGAGGAAACUUAGACGGCGGAGCCGCUGGAGCGCUGGCGUGUGUUCUAAAAAGAAGAAAGUACCAGCUGUUCGUGGUGAAAAAAGCUAUGAAGCAGGGAGUGAAGCGGAUCCUAAGGAGUCCAGCCUAGAGCAGACUGAAAUAGAACUCCUAGACGAGUCCUCAAUGGAAACGGAAAAUUCUAAUCUUGACAUCAGUGGCAUAGAGAAGGAAGUGGAGAAUGCAGAUCCUUCCGGGGAGCUUGGAAAAAGACACGAGGAAGUCCCAGCGGCGGCAUUAAAUGGUGAUCAUAAAGACCUAAAUGAUGCGUGCGUUCUGAGAAUGACCCGUGGAAGACAAAUGCAAGUGGAACAGCAGAGCCUUAUAAGCGUGAAUACAAUUAUGGAUGUCCUCUCUGAGCCGGUGCCGGAAUUCUACGUGGAUCACCAGAGCCUUAAGGAACUGUUACAAAAAGUUGUGAGUAAAACACAUGGAUAUAAUGUACUGCAACUGGAAAAGUUGUACGCCAUGCUGAGUCAGUGUAUUUACAGACAUCGUAAAGACUACGACAAAUCUUCGUUAAUAAAGGAAAUGAGACACGAAGUUGAAAAUUUCAGGAUCUGACAUCACAACUUUAUCUGUUUUAUUAAACUGCCUUAAUGUUUUA